GACGUGUGUUACAAGAUCAAACCCAAGAAUUCAAAAUCUCAAGAGAUGAAAACCAUUUUAAAAGGAAUUAAUGGAGUGGUUCGUCCUGGUGAGAUGUUAGCUAUGAUGGGUCCAUCAGGCUCCGGCAAGACCACUCUCUUGACGGCUCUGGGAGGUCGGUUAGGCGGCGGUCGACUAACUGGAACCAUUUCCUACAACAAAAACCCUUUCUCCAAUAAAAUGAAAAGAAAUAUAGGGUUUGUUACACAAGAUGAUAUUCUUCUUCCUCAUUUGACUGUGGUGGAAACCCUAGUUUUCACUGCUCUUCUACGCCUGCCGAAGGAAUUGACGACACAACAGAAAGUGGGUCAAGCCGAGGUGGUUAUUUCGCAGCUCGGUUUAAGCAAGUGCAAGAAUAGUGUGGUGGGGAAUCAGAUGGUUAGAGGGGUUUCUGGGGGAGAGAGAAAAAGGGUUAGUAUUGCUCAAGAAAUGCUUAUAAACCCUAGUUUGUUGUUUCUUGAUGAACCGACUUCGGGUCUUGACUCGACAACGGCUCAGAGGAUUGUUUCGACUCUUUGGGAGGUUGCUAAUAAUGGUGGAAGGACUGUGGUGAUGACUAUUCAUCAGCCUUCUAGUACACUUUUUUAUAUGUUUCAUAAGAUAUUGUUGCUUUCUGAAGGUAACACUGUGUAUUUUGGGAAGGGAUCAGAAGCUAUGGAUUAUUUCUCAUCUCUUGGUUAUUCUCCUUCUGUGCCUAUGAACCCUUCUGAUUUCUUGUUGGAUCUUUCUAAUGGUUUGUCGAUGAAUGAGGCAGAAGAGGAGGCAGGCAUGGUUAAGGAGAAACUUAUUUCAUGUUACAAGAACAAUGCUAUAGCUGAAAAGUUGCUGUUAGAAUUACAAGAAAGUGAUGAACAUCAUUUGGUUGAACAUGGAGCAGAGGACAAGAGCUUUGGACGUUGGUCUGCAACUUGGUGCCAACAAUUCAGUGUGCUUUUAAGAAGAGGAAUUAAGGAAAGAAAACAUGAUUCUUUUUCUGCACUCAAGAUUGGCCAAGUUUUAGCUGUUUCUCUCAUAUGUGGACUCUUAUGGUGGCAAUCUGAUGAUACACAUUUACAAGAUAAGAUUGGACUAUUCUACUUCUCCUCAAGCUUCUGGGGUUUCUUCCCUCUAUUGCAAGCCAUCAACACCUUCCCAAAAGAACGAAUGAUUCUUGAGAAAGAAAGAUCCUCAGGAAUGUACAGGCUCUCAUCAUACUUCAUUUCAAGAACCACAACCGACCUCCCGAUGGAGCUCAUCCUUCCCACCGUCUUCAUUGUCAUAAUCUACGCAAUGGCAGGGUUGAAACGAACAGUGGCAAACUUCUUCGCCACUCUAUUUUCUCUACUCUUAAGUGUUUUAGUUGCCCAAGGGUUUGGCCUGGCCAUGGGAGCCCUAGUUUUGGACCAAACAUCAGCCACAACAUUUGCAUCAGUCAUAAUGCUUUGUUUCUUACUAACAUCAGGCUAUUUUGUUCAACAUGUGCCAAAGUUUAUUGCUUGGACAAAGUACAUUUCAAUUGGUACUUACAGUUACAAGCUUUUGUUGAUAUCUCAAUAUAAAGGUAGUGAUACUUAUCCAUGUCCAAGCAAGGAUAAUGGAGGAAGAGUAUGUGAAGUUGGAGAGUUCCCUCCAAUUAAAGAAGUAGGUCUUGAUGGGAAACUCUUUGCCGUUUUGGCUAUGGUUGCUAUGCUUGUUGGAUAUCGUCUUAUUGCUUACAUUGCUUUGAUGAGGAUUGGUGUCACCAAGAGGAGUUAGGUUUUUUUUUUUUUUUUUUUUUAUCAUCAUUUUAGUUUUCUUAUAAUCUUGAGAUCGAGUGUUUUAAAUUUAACUUUCUUCGGUUGAAGAGAGGGAAAUAAGUUGAGAAAACUUUUGGUAUUGAUUGGGCUAGCUAUUUAAGUUGUAUAUUAGAAUAACUCAUAUUUCAAGGCUAGAGACUUUUCCUUUGUUUUUUUGUUC